GAGGACGAGUUGGUGGCUCUGCAAAAGAAGCUGAAGGGCACUGAGGAUGAGCUGGACAAAUACUCCGAGUCCCUAAAAGAUGCCCAAGAAAAGCUGGAACUGGCUGAGAAAAAGGCUGCAGAUGCUGAGAGCGAUGUAGCUUCUCUGAACAGACGUAUCCAGCUGGUUGAGGAAGAGCUGGAUCGUGCUCAGGAGCGUUUGGCAACUGCUCUGCAGAAGCUGGAGGAGGCUGAGAAGGCAGCAGAUGAGAGUGAAAGAGGAAUGAAGGUCAUUGAGAACAGAGCCCAGAAGGAUGAGGAGAAAAUGGAAAUCCAAGAGAUCCAGCUUAAAGAGGCCAAGCACAUUGCUGAAGAGGCUGACCGCAAGUAUGAAGAGGUGGCUCGUAAGCUGGUGAUCAUUGAGAGUGAUCUGGAGCGUGCCGAGGAACGGGCUGAGCUCUCAGAAGGCCAAGUCCGACAGCUGGAAGAACAAUUAAGAAUAAUGGAUCAAACCUUGAAAGCAUUAAUGGCUGCAGAGGAUAAGUACUCACAGAAGGAAGACAAAUAUGAAGAGGAGAUUAAGAUCCUGACUGACAAACUGAAGGAGGCUGAGACCCGUGCUGAAUUUGCAGAGAGGUCAGUAACCAAGCUAGAGAAAAGCAUCGACGACUUAGAAGAUGAGUUAUAUUCUCAGAAACUGAAGUACAAAGCAAUCAGCGAGGAGCUGGACCACGCUCUCAAUGAUAUGACUUCCAUAUAAAUUUCUUUGCUUCACCUCUCCAAAGAUACCUUCAUCAAGCUGGAUAAACCGUCUUUACAAGCUCUUGGAUGUUUCACGGGUUCAUUGUCCUAUCCUCCAGCUUAUUCUUCCUUUUUAGCAUCCUGGCUGAGGAUAUUGCUCUCUUUGUGCCUUCUAUUGUACAGAAACUCUACUUCUUUUAAUGUAAAAUAAACAUCCCACUAUGUGAGCUGUAUCCCUUUUGCUAUUCCUUUGCCUUUUAUUUAUUUAAAUUAAAGAUCUGCUUUUUUGCAUUAGGGAUUUAUUUUUUAUUUUAUUUUUCUGCUGCCUCACACUCCCCCCGUUUCUGACUCCCGCAAACAUCUUGCCAGAGAAUCAACAAUACAAAGUAGCAAAAUGAAAAAUACCAGGCUGUAACAAUGCUAUUCUUGGCUAUCUUUAAUUGGUUGCUUUUGUCAUGUAGUCCUCAUUUUCUCUCAAAUUAAAAUUCAGUUUAUAUGACUUUUUCUUAGACUUACUGGGCUUUUUAGAGUCUUUUAUUGUUGGGCCAAAAUCUGCAAGGACAUAGCUCUCACUGGGGUCAUUUGGUCGUGGGAAUACAGCUGAGGACAGUUUGGCCCUUUAAAUGCUUGACAGUUAUGUUUUUCUAGAGUCCAAAAUUUCCCACCAGUUUGAAGUCUUGAUGUGGAAGACUUCCUGAGUUAUAUAAAUUUGUUGUUUAACUUCUAGUAAAAGAUCCUUUAUAGGAUUUUUCACUUGAUAAUCUGUUUUCCUCCCGGAAUAGGAUAACCAAAUGUCCUUAUCUGUGUUCAUUAACAACUUGGAUUAUGGAAUUUUUAAAAAUUGAUUCAUCUAUCACCAUAGGUGCUAAUAGUUUACUUUUUACAUUUCACAGGGGAAAUUAAAAUACAAUAAUUUCACUUUUAUUCUUAGUGAGUGUCACAGACAGCUAGUGCAAACCUUCAAAUCUGAAUUGCAGAGAUUUCAGAGGAAUGGUUUUAAAUCGGAACAAAAAAUUCUUAUAAUUGGAAUUAAUUGUUAAAUCAUUUUCAUAUAUAAGUAAAAUGCUUCCAUUGAUACCAGAUUUUAUAAAGUUUUGUCUGACAAAACCCAAAUGCUGGGUUCAGAUUGACCUGACAGUGUUCCUUUUAAAGAUAAAACGUUAAAGACAGACAUUUUUUGCUCUCCUACUGUAAUGUACAACUGAGCCUUAAUGUUGCUUCAGGAGGACUUAUAUUCAUUGUAACUAUUUUAACUUCAUUUCCUUCACAAUGGAAAAAGUCCCUUUUCUCUACUAGCUUUACAUUAAAGUGAAUAUCAAUUUAAA